AUGUCAUCGAACGGCACCGGUAGCAGCAAGUGGCCUGACUUUCGGCUAGCAUCUACUCUGCGGUCUCUUGUGCCUGGCUUACAACCCAAAAGGCCAGAUAAGCAAAACAACGACAACGCCGCUGGUCACGACCACGACCACGACCACGACAACAAGCAGCAGCACGAGAGCGAACCCCAAAACGAGCUUCAUGAAGAUCUAAAUCCACCAUCCAGGAUGGCCCACGAAAAUAUGGAAACCGAGGACCAGCCAAUUGAUGGUAUUGGAGGGUUGAAUAGCUACAACAACGAUGUUCAGGCUGGUUCAGACAAUGAUGACCAGGAUCAAGACUUCGGCGUGCUCGAAAUGUUCGAUAGCAACGCGACACAAGCUCCCUACUCAUCCCAGCUUAACAAUGCAUCUUACGACGAGAAAGCACCCGAGGCACUCAUGACAGAAGAGGCGCCUUCCUCCCAAACACGAAAGCACAAGCGUGAUAAGAAGGAACGCAAACGGAAAAGCACAAGUGACGACGCAUCUCUCCAACUUUUGACGGAAGAAGACUCCUCGCGCAAACAGAGAAAGUCCAAGAAAAAUUCAGCGCAAGUAGCCGAGAUACCUGAUAGCCUUGCCGAAAAGAACUCCUCGAACGCAUUUCAAUCUCUGCCCCAGCAGAUUUCAGCCGUCGAUCUUUAUGAUGAUGGUGCUACUCCUGCUACUCCUGUUACGCAGGCGAAACGCAAGCGCAAUUCUUCCGAUUCCACAGAUGGCAAAGAGCGCAAAAAGCGUAGAUCACGCGACGAUGGAGUCGCCGCUGAGUCUCAAGAUAUCGUGCCAGAAACUCAAGAAGGCGCCCAGAGUACAUUGGAAGGAGCGAACACUCGCGACUCUCCAGCUGCAUCGUUUUCGCGUACUCGGAACGCGCCUCGUCUAGGUGCCAUCGAUGAUGACGUUGCAGAUGAUCCCCCAGAAUUGCCACGGUCACGAGAGGGUAGUGCCGCUCCCGACGAGAUGGACUUGGACGUUUCGACUGCACAGGGAGAGCAAGAAGAAAAAGGCAGUGGACCAGUCGAGCCCCGUGAAGUCAAUGGGUCACAAAACACUCACAAUGAAGAUGUUGAGAGAAUGGCCCGAGAAGCGUGGAAUGAGCAUGUCAUCAAUGCGCAGAACAACACCAACACCCAGGACUCAGCAGACCAGCACGAUAAGAUUGAGAUUCCCACAUCUGCACAACGUCAACAGACAACUCAGGAUGUGUACGAUAUUCCGGGAAGUCCUCUACAAACCCCGGACGCGCCCAUCGCAAGCGCAAAGAAAUCGCGGACCGCAUCAGCUAAGACAAAGAAGGCCAAGCCCACAUUCUUUGAAAAGUCGCCGUCUCCUGAUCAAGAUGAUCUCGCCCCUUUAGCAUCGCCCUCUGCCACAACACAGGCACCUCCAAAGCGUGCUAAGAAAGCUUCGAACCGUAAAAAGUCUGAGGCUAAUGUGCCUCGUUCAAUGCAGGCGGGACAGGAUGAGGAAGAGCCAAGAGCAGCAGGUGCACGCCGUGAUCGAACGGACAACCAUACCAAGGGACGUUUCAGUGAAGAAGAACUCGGCCGUAUCGCAAAAGCAGUUGAGGCCUAUCGUUCUGCCAACGAUAUGGAACAGUAUCAGCUGAACACGAUGAUCCAUGCGCCUGGAGGCACGGCCGCUGGUGAAGAGCAUGCCGCUUUUUGGGACCGAAUCUUUGCAACUUGCCCAGACCGUCACCGACAGAAAAUUAUCAACAUUACCCGAAAGAAGUUUCAUAACUUCGUCGCUCGUGGCGCCUGGACUACCGAACAAGAUCAGGAGCUUCGUGAUCUGAUUGAGACCAACGGCAAGAAGUGGUCCAAGAUCGCGGGUAUCAUCAACCGCCACCCUGAAGAUCUCCGAGACCGUUACCGCAACUACAUCAUUUGCGGAGCCAGUCAGCAAAAGGAUAGAUGGACAGAGGAAGAAGAACAAAAGCUGGUUGAGGUUGUCAUGCAUACCAUCGAUGCAAUAGACCAACAACGACACGACAAUCCAAAUGACACGAGGUUCCAGAGGCCGUACGUGGAGCUUAUCGACUGGCAAACGAUUAGCGAGCAGAUGGGAAGAAAACGCAGUCGCCUCCAGUGUAUGACAAAGUGGAAGGCCAUGAAUAUCAAAACUCACGUCAAGGACCAGCUGGCAUCUGCUGCACCCGACGCCUCCAUCACUUUCCGCCUGGAGAAGGCGCGCCGUCAAAUCGCUGCCAUGCCUGAUGAAGAACGCUAUCGUAUGGUCUUGGCCAUUCACAACUCAUCGGCGCGAAUCGAGUCCAAGAUUCCUUGGCAACGACUUGUUGAUAAAACCUUCCGCGCCAGCUGGCAUCGACCUACACAGAUGCUUUUGUGGCGACGCCUGAAGCGCACAGUACCUGGCUUUCAAGAGAAGAGUGUACGCGACUGCGCAACAUAUCUGAUGGAUCUUUACAGCCAGACCGGCGAGCUCCCGAAUGUAGAGGACACUCUCUACGACGAUGCAGAAGAAGUGGAGUUCGUGAACAGUAUUCCGAUCGGUCAGAUCAACAGUAGCACACCCGCAAAUGGCCAGAAUAUCAGUGCCGAAUACAUCACCGAGGCUGACGAGGAUGGAGACGAGUACCAGGCUGGUGAAGAGGCAGAUGAGCACCAGACUGGCGAGUACGGUAUGGUCGACGAGAACAUUCAGCCCGACCUGCCUAUUGCACCCAUGGAAGAUUACAGCCCUGCUCCAACGGCAUCAAUGGACCCGGUUGCACCAGUCGCGGAUCUAGCACCUAUGGAACCUGCUGAAAUGGUUGACCCAGCUCUCUCUGCCGAGCCCAUGCCACUCGAAGAGAUCGAAGAGGAGGUGCCGCCCAGCGUCGAAGAGCAGGGACUCAUCAACAAGCCUGUGGGCACUCCUGUGUUUGCCGAGCCAGCGCCUCCCAAGGCCACUCGGGUGGCAAAGAGAACAGGUUUUGGCAAAGCCAAGCCGCCGAAAGCUCCACGAAAGUCGUCAGCUCGAUCUACACCAGUCAAGUCCACACCGACCAGACGUUCUACAAGGCGUGCCGCAGCUCCGUCUCAAGACCCCAUCGAGGAUUCCGAAGGAACACAACCUUCUGCUCCCGCAGAUGAUGAUUCUGAAGUCGAAGACGCCAAGACACGCAAACGAAAGACGCCUAGCAGGUUCCGGUCCACUACCACUACCGAGCUACCCACUGCCGCUGACGACUCGGACAGUGUGAUGGACGACAUGGAAGACAUGCCUGCACGCAUCAGAUAA